GUUUGGGUCAGGGGUUUGUGGCCUCCACAUUCUCCAGAAAUGUGUACAUACCAUAAAGCACCAACACACAGCUUUCUCACACCUCCUAGUUCUUCACCGUUUCCACUCUCACAGUAAGUAACCCCUUCUCUCCGUCUCUCUCUUAGGGUUUUUGGACAUGCAAUGCUUCAACAAAGGAGACGCUGUAGAAGUCCUAAAAACACACCCUUAUACCAUCUGGUUCCCAGCCACCAUACUCAGAUCAACCCCAACCAAAAAUGGUCAAAUUUACGUUGAAUUCAACACCCUUUCCGACAGGAGGGAGUAUGUUAAUGUCGGUGAUGUGCGUCCUACACCUCCACAAGAGCUACACAAGUACUUCAAAGUUGGUGAUAAUGUGGAAGUUCUUUAUCAAGAAAAGGGGUGGAGAAAAGGGAAAGUUAAUGAUAUCUUGCAGAAUUCUAUGUAUUUGGUUUCACUUCUUGAUGAGGGAGAUGAAAUUGUUAAAGUGGAACAAUGGUGUUCAAGGGUUUAUAGACAUUGGGAUCAUGGCUCUUGGGUUCCUCCUCUUCAGAAGAAUAUACCAGAGGUAGAGCUAAAGUCAAGAAGGAUCAAACUGAGGAUAAAGUGUAGCAGAUGUUGGAAGGAAACAUUCAACGAAGGGAUGUCUGUGGAGGUGAAACGUGAUAAAGAAGGUUGCUAUGGUUCAUGGCAUACUGCAGUUAUUGUCGAAGCUGUUGGCUAUGACAAGUUUUUGGUUGAAUACCAGAAACUGAAAGCAGUUAAUGGGUCUCAAUUUCUCAAAGAAGAGGCUGAUGCUUCUUGCAUCAGACCAUGUCCACCUGAAAUCCGAUCGUUUCAUCCUUUUGAACAUCUUGAUAGGGUAGAUGCUUGGAUCAAUGAUGGAUGGUGGGAAGCUCAUAUAAUAGACGUUCUUGGUGGUUUUAAUUAUGUAGUGUGUCUGUUGACCACAGAGGAAGAAUUGGUGUUUGAGCAUUCUAUGCUGAGGCCUCAUCAAGAUUGGGUCAAAGGGAAAUGGGUUACUGCCAGAGAGUUUGAUAUGCCAACAAGUUCAUCUGACAUGACAUUGAAGUCAAAGGAGCUGAAAAUCAGGAUAAAGUGUAGUGGAACGACAUCGGAGCCGAAAUUCAGCAAGGGUAUAAGGGUAGAAGUGAGAAGUGAUGAAGAAGGAUACCAGGGUUCCUGGUACACUGCAGUUAUUGUUGAUUCCAUUGGUCAGCAUAAGUUUUUGGUGGAAUACUUGACACUAAGAACUGAGGACGAAUCUGAGCCCCUUAGAGAAAAAGCAGAUGCUUCUGACAUUAGGCCCUGCCCCCCUUUAAUUCAAAGAAUUGACAGAUUUAAAAUGCUUGAAGAGGUUGAUGCAUGGUAUAAUGAGGGAUGGUGGGUUGGUCUUAUAUGCAAAAUCCUUGACGGCUUAAAGUACAUGGUUUAUUUUUGGACUACAAAUGAGGAGCUGGAGUUUGACCAUUUCACUUUGAGACCCCAUCAAGACUGGAUUGAUGGAAAAUGGGUCAUUGCCUUCAUGAAAAAACCUCAAAUCGAAGUGAAGCCCAAACUAAAGGGACAGAGAGGUGGAGUAGCCAAGCGUACCAAUUUUUGCGUUGGAGCAAAGGUGGAGGUGAAGAGUGAUGAAGAAGGUUACCAGGGUUCAUGGUACCCUGCGAAGAUUGUGAGACCUCUAGGAAAUGAGAAGUAUCUGCUACAAUACCAGACUCUAGAAACUGAUGAUGAAACUGACCUCCUGACUGAAGAAGCAGAUACUCUUUCUAUAAGGCCUUAUCCCCCACUAAUCCAACAACAUGACCAAUUCAGGCCACUUGAUGAAGUUGACGCUUGGUAUAAUGGUGGGUGGUGGGCUGGUCAAGUGUGCAAAGUUCUCAAAGGUUCUAAUUAUACGGUCUACUUUCCAACGGCAAAUGAGAUCUUGGAAUUUCAGCAUUCUGAUUUGAGGCCUCAUCAAAACUGGCUAGAUGGAGAAUGGGUUGCUGCUAAAAGGGCUUUGGUCUAGUGGUAAGUGCGCAACAUGUGAUGUGUAUUAGGCGCAUGUCACGGGUCCGAACCCUGCUGGAGACAAAAGCCGAGGAAGGUAGAGGGGCGGGCCCAUUAUCCGCCGAGUUUUGAACAGUGCGCCACUGGCUCUCGGGGAUUUAUUGGUUAUGAAAAAACAAAACAAAAAAAGAGCUACUAUUAAUGAUCUCUGGUAUAUUUGGACAUAAAGACUCCCAAAUUGGUUUUUUGUUUAGCUGUGAUCAUGAGGUUUGCUUCUCCGCUUUCUGUUUUAUUGCGUCUAACAAAGUAAGAAAAGAAGGAAAUUUUCUUGACGGUGCAAUCUCUUCCAUUUCAUUCUCACACUGUUGGAUAUCUUGAUCUGGAAUACACAGCCUUGUCCAGAAUGUGUUGCUUUGCAGGGUCCUAUAUCAUGAUCAGGGCAAAGCAUGAUGGUAUUUACCGACGUGAAUGGUUAGCACAAUCUUCGAAGAUCUUGGCACUUGGUCAUUCAUGGAAACAUCAAACUGUGAAUUCUGCAGAGCGAAAGUUAGGUCUUGUAUAUAGGGGGGUAUCAUUGUACAUGAGUAGUAUGAUGGAUGAACUUGGAAGAGCUGAACUUAUCCAUAACCUUUUUGUAACUAUUAUGACUAAUUAAACAUACAAGCCUCUGUUAGAUCAAAUUGCUUACAUAUAAAAAAAGAUUAUUUACUCGCAAGGUUAAUUGCAAAUGAACUCUUAACUAGA